AUGGACGGAAGUUCAGUCAGAAACAUCAUAUUUUAAAUCACCAAGAGUAAGUUUUUAAAAGAAUUAAAUUGGGACCUGCCAGUCUUUAUUCCAAAAUAGGAUAGAGCAAAUUUUUUUUUUGCUUAAUUUGAUCUAUUUGUUCGCAUAGUACGGAGUAUAUUUUUAAUUGGGGAAUCCCGCUGCACUCAGUAGAACGGAGCCUGCCAGAUUCCCCAAUCCGACAUGCCCUACAUGUCAGGUGAUCCCGGCUCGCCGUCGGCUUCCGGCGAGGGUAACCUGAACAAAUGCAGUCAGCUAUAUGAAGCCUUAACGAAUUGCCACCGCCGGAUCCGGGGUGGUCUGGACCGGGAGAUAGCAUGCCGCCAUUUGAAUCGGUCUCUGGCACAGUGUCUUGUGGCGGAGGUCUGUCCUGAUGAGUCUGAUGCCGUUCGCAGCCUCUGCUCGAGUGGCGGCACUGCCAUCAAGCGCCAACAGUGCCGUGAAGCCCAGGUUGAGGGAGACUUCAAAUCAUUUAAAGGAAAAUGGAUUCUCGAGCAACUAGGAAGUGACCACACACAGUUGAAGUAUAGGGUGGAGUCCAAAGUGCACAAGAAUGCAUUUCUAUCUGAAGCAAUCAUGGAAGAGGUAAUUCAUGAAGACCUCCCUUCAAACCAGAUGUAUUAAAAAUCUUGUGGGGGCAGGUUAUUUGAAGGCCAUUGCUCCGAACAGAACAGAUUGCAAGAUAUUCCUUGCUAUGGCUGAUGAUCUCCUAGUUUUCUUAAAUUGAUCCACAGCUGACUUGCUUAAGUUUAUGAAAUUCCUCCUUCAGUAUCAGGAAGCUUCAGGGCAUUUGGUUAAUUUCAACAACUGUCAUUUUGUUACUUCUUCCAAGCUGCCCACUGUCAGGUUUUAAAUCAAUGGGGAAAGCUUUGGGUAUGGUAGCGUCUAAACUGCCUAUAAGGGACCUGGGCUCACAUCUCUUUCAGGGGGUUAACAGGGUUGCUUGAUGUACUCAAUUGCUUCAACAUUUUGAUGCUAAGUUGAAUGGAUGGUGUAAAAAGCCUACUUAGCCAGGCUGGGAGACUCAUCCUUAUAAAGCAUGUUUUGUCUUCUAUUCCUAAUUUCCUAUGCUAUCCAAAAGAAGAGGGUGGACUGGGAAUUACGAACUUCAAAGCAAAUACAAGAGGCCUUUUCAAGUAAGCUUUGGUGGAGAUAUCACAAAAAGGAAUCCCUUUGGAGUAUGUAUAUGUUUGCUGAGUAUGGCAGUAGAGGACAUUUUGUUCGUAUAGAUUAUGAUUCCCAUGGAUGGAAAAGGCUGCGUAGGAAACACUCAUUUUGUGAAGAAAGGUGUUCUUUCACAGUUGAUGGGCCUAUUUGCCUUUUACUCUCGAAUUGGGUUAUGAGGAAUGUAGUAGGCUUAGUUUCUUUUCUAAGCCUACUCUUUUUUCUUAUGUGGGGGUAACUCACAAAAUGAUGCAAUUAAGGUUUUCCUUAUGGAGACUUUUUAAUGAUGGUUUACUACCUGUGAGUGAUAACCUAACCAGGUUUACUAGUGUGCUCUGCCCUCCAGGUCAUUGAUGCAGGGAGGGAGGUGUUUCACCAACUCUUCAAAGCGGCAAAUCAGGGUUGUGAAAUACUCAUCACGUGCUGAAAGCUCAAAUUUGAACAGGAAUGCUUCCCAUGGGCGAGCAAUUGCAGGUGGAGGAGUGAUUUUGAGAAUCAAACAAAGAUUCCACAACAAAACCUAUAGCCCACAAUGUAAACCCACUCUGUUUCAGAAUCAUUUUCUUGUCUAAUCAAGAAGUUCAUGGACGGAGCUCUCAUCAUUGAUGCUGUUGACAAUGCAAAGGGGCACAUCGGUGCUGGAAGAAGUGAGAAUUAGAGGGUCCAGCUCUAACAAGGUUGAGCAGCUGGAGAAAACAUA